AUGGCAGCAACAAGACGUACCCCGGCCCAGGUGCAAGCUCAACUCCCGGUUGCUGUUUUUCGCCUUCGCCAGGAAAAUGACUACAACGCAGCCACAUGGCCGACGGCGGUCGCGGGCUACGAAGAUCUUUUGGCAGAUGCCGACUUCUAUCGGAAAGAAGAAGACCCAAUCUUUGAUACCGCCCUGACGGACAUAUUCAAUGAAGCCAAGAUGCUGCUCGAGGUGCACGAACGGUACUGUGCCCGGGUCAAGGGACCCUAUCGCUUCACCACCAUGCGGACGCCAAGGUUGACAUUUCCAACGCGCAUGGCGCCGUAUACUCGAGACUUGCCUGACCCGUGCUGCGAUGAAAAACCAAGGCCGCCGCCAACGUACACCUCCUUGGUUCCCCGGCCAGACCAGGUCAUGGACCCACCGUUCCAGCCUCAACUCAUGUCGUUCAAGAGAGGACUGGAUUGGAAGUACUUCUUCAAACGAAAGGAGGCCCAGGAAAUGUACGGAGACUAUAGAAAUUUCAGCGUGCACGCGGACUUGUGGGCAAAAGAACCCAAUACCAAGGAAAAGCGCUGGAGGGAGACCCAUCCGUGGCUGCAGAGGAACGGUAACUCGAAGGGUAUCAACCUUGCGCAAUUUGAAAACAAGAUAUACGAGCGCCUGAUGCAACAAAGCAUACCGGCCAAUCUCAAGUUCGGACAUGACAUCCAGGCUUUGCCCUUGCAGGACGAUAAGAGGUUCGCCGUUGAGCGCGGCCUGAGGCGCGUACUGAUCCAAAAGGUCCUGGCAAUCAUGGACAAUAGCGAGAACAGGGAGAUUGGUAGCGCAUGGAGGCGCGUAGUUCUCCCCAAGAAGCCUGAGAAGUUCAAGGACAUUCACUUUAGCGCCAUGGCCUUGCCUCGCCGGGAGAAGUGGAACGACGACACCCACACGUUCGACGUGGACCGGCACAAGGAGUAUGAGCCAUCGCCUUGGGUCUACUGGUACAACCAGUGGCGCGAGCAAGCCGACUACCUCUCGGCCUGGAGCCGCAAGCAGUAUCAGAAACGCUACUGGAAAGACUUCAAGCGCAUCCAUUUGCCCGUCAACUACCGCGGCCCGUACACGUUUGACGACAAGAACGUCUGGGACAAGCAUUGGCUGGCCGUAGGCAAGAAGCUGGUUGCGCUCAAGGCGGUGCUGGAAAAACUGGAGCAGACCAACAGCCGUCAGAUGCUGACGUGGUGCCUUGCAGACAUGAGGGCAGGUGAAGCAGGAGAACCCCUCUCAGACGAAGUUAUCCCCCGACCCAAUAUUGACUUGGUGACCGGAAGAGACGACAAAUUCCAACUUGUGGAUGAUACAGACAUAUCAUGGCUCAAGAUAUUUUGCUUGCCGCCCACCAGCAAAGCUCUCUGUGGCCUAUCCGUUACCCAGCCCGAGGACCCCCUCAUCAUCAUUCUGGAUAAUCGCUUGCAAGCCCUGAUGACGGACGUUCACAACAAUCCCUUCUGGGUAGCUGAUCACAGGAAGGGCGAUGAGAGGCCUACCUACAGGCCUAGACAGAUUGCUCUGGAACAUCUGCUACCUAUGAUCAAUCUUGGAGGUAAGGAAGUUGCCAGUCGUCAGUGGGAAAAGGAUCUUGUCACCGUGUUUCAUACGCCUCCGAAAUUUGAGCUCAACGGGGCACCAUUACCAAAUGCCUUGUACCAGUUCAGUCUCAAGGAGCUAAAGGUGUAUUGUUCACAAUUGGCAGAGAUGGGCCGCAUUUCUUAUAAGCGUCCGGAAAACCCUGUUGGGUUCAAAGACGGCCAGUGGUGGUCAGGCAAGGGCAUGCUCUACGGCUAUCCGGACCCCAACUUUGCGUCGGCCGGCGGUUUCAUUGUCUCAGUGCCGCCCGGUGUAGACGCGCACGACAACUUCAACGUCGAAUCAAGUUCGGACAGCGAAGGCAAUCCAUUGAGGUACGCAGAGGAGCGCAUACGCUGGCGCCACAGAGACCAGGCUGCGGUCGAUGCCGCAAACGCCAAGAAUAGUGAGGAGUAUGCAAACGUUAUGAUGGCACGCAAUCGGGCAGCCAUACACACCGACCAGCUCCCGUACCAAACGUGGAGAAACCGCUACAUCGUCGAGAGAUUUUGGAAGCAGGGCCCAGAAUUUCCAGCAACCAGCGUACAAGCCCGACGCGAUUGUCCAUCAUGGGAAGAUCUUUGCGACUACAAGACCGUCGUAAACCGGGAUACGGGCUACUCGACCAAGACGACCCAGUUCUUGCGUAACCUGGCCUACCGCAUGGGUCGUACCCUUAGGUCGUAUCGUGACUUGGUCAAGAGAACCUCAAGACAGUCAGCCCUGAAGCGCACACAUUGUAACACUGCCCUCAGGGAAUGGAAGAAGCACGUUGAGAAGCUAUGGCUCGACCCUGCGGCGGCCAACGGAGCCUUUAUUCCCAUAAAACUGGCCUCGGCCAAUACCGUGAUUGCGAAGGCAGACGAGCAACACCCGGCAGCGGGUAGCAAGAACGCCACGGAGAUUUUUGAAGUCAUCCGUGGAGGUAUCAUUGAAGACAUGGUCCAGGACCGUGUCAUGCUGUACCCCAGUCGGCGGACCGUCUUUACGGAUAAACACUCACAAAUGUUUGAGUUCUUUGAGAGAGCCAACAUUUGGAGCUUUGGAAAGGAGGAAGUUCGAGAGCGCCACGCUCCGUACCGACGGAAGCGGUACUUCGACAUGCAACGGUGGCCGGUGAGCAAGCAGACCAAGGAGACAACCAGAACGACCAUUAUCGAGCGUCGUGAUGAGGAUCCAAGUAUACAGCCCGUGGCAUCCUUUUUCAAGUACGGCAUCAAGGUUGGGCCGACGGAAAUGGUUCCCGCAAACAGUGAUGUCGUGUCGCGGUUGGUUGGACUGAUAUCCGACCCAGACAAAUCGAAUGUUGCUGGCCAACUCGUACGAUACCUAUCGAAGGAGAUUGUCAAGAUUGUUGAGACCACCGACAACUUUGGACCAGGCUGGCAGAUCUACGUUGCGCCUCCUGGAACCAGUGUGCAACCUUCGAGCAAGACCAUUAGUGGUGGCGCUGUAAUGCCAGGCGCAGCAUUCAAGCCAAUCGCCCGAAUCAAGCAGCAAUUCAUACCCGGACCUGCAGUGUUCCCCAUGGGAGAUACUUUGUUGCAGCAGGUCAAGAUCAGUCAGGAACUUGAGAAGAUUCUGGAUCCAACGUAUCAGAGGAGCAACCGUCUUGGUGAUAUCAUUGGCCACAUGGCAGAUUGGAUCACUCCUCCUCCCAAGCGCGUAUCUCUCUUGCCAGACAUGGACCUGACCAAGACUCCAUCCUCUGUGGGCCUGGACUUGAAGCGCAAGGUCCCCACCGCCUUUAUGGCCUCGGAUGGGCGUGUGCCUAAGAGGCAGAUCAUCCAUGGAGGCACUAUAGCACGAGGAGCCAUCACCGCCGGCGACAGUGGCGAUAGUGAGAGCGACGCAGAUGACGUAGAAUGGGAAGAUGCCGACAACAUUCUUCCGUCUCACCUGCGCAGCGAUGGUAACGAGAUUGUCCGGACGUCCAGGAAGAAGAAUGGCACGUGGAGAAUUAGACUCGUGCCCGAUCUCGAGGAUGUCAUGAGAUUAGACGUCUGGGGCAGGAUGGCGCGCGGUGCAAAGAUGACCACGGGGAAUUUUUACAUCACUGGAAAAACAUCAGCGCUCGGGGGAGGAGCCUCACGGCCGGUCACAAAGCCUCUGAGCGCCGCGGCCCAGGCUCGCCUCGACGCCGCUAGGGCCGACUUCAACGCCAUCUUCCCCCGAGGCUACGCCAUGCUGCCGACGAGCGGCAACAGACUGCUCUGUGCCCUCUACGCCAUCAUUGGUAGUAUACAGGCGCAAUACCCAGCCGAGACGGCGCCGACCAUUGCGGAAUUGUACGACCACUUCCAGCACCCGCGAGACAGCAUGAUCCAGACACAGCGGACCAUCACGGGCCUGACCAACAUGAACGAGCUGGGCAGCGACCAGGCCGCCUCGACGCUGCUCGACUGGGCCCUCGCGCGCGGCCGCGUCUACCAGCUCGGUGUCUACGCGCCCGCCACCUCCAUGUCGCACGUGCUGCUGGGCAUCCCGGCGAGUCACGGCACCCCCACCGGCACCGUCUGGAUUCAGAACAAUGCCCAACAGGCCGGUAUCGACGCCCUUAUCGCGGCAGAGAAUGCUGUCAUUGCCAAGAAGAAAGGAGCGUCAUUGACGAUUGCCGAAAUUCAAGCGGUCUGGGGCUCUGCUGGUUCCAGCAACCACUACUCUGCACUGAGGCCGAAUUAA